AUCGGUCGGCUCCUCAUGUGUUAAAAUUACACUUUUAAACUCUAUUAGUAUCUAUAUUUUUAAGAAAAAUUGCGAGCUUGUGUUUCUCAUUUGCGGCGUGAUUUUGAAACCCCCGAAACCGAAAUUCCGGCAUCGCGGAGUGCUAAAAAAUUCUUCCUCGAAAAAUCCCAUUCAUCCUAACCUCUUUGUGGUUUGUUUGGGAUUCGAAACAAUGGCUAUGAGUGAAGAUUUUAAUUUUUCUGAACUCUGUAGACUUUGCUCGCUGAAAAGCAGUCAUCAGCUUCAAAUCUUCGAUAAAGAAGGCGAACAACGACAAUUGCUCUUCAAAAUUCGCUCUUGUAUUCCCGCUGUGAUAACAAAGGAGGAUGCUCUACCAAAAAAUAUUUGCCAGAGGUGUGUCUAUAAACUGGACAUGUUCUACGAGUUUCGUCUUAGCUGUAUGGCUACAGAAAACGUUUUAAAAAAUUACGCUGAUAGUAUAAAACAUCUAGCUGCAGUAGUCAACAGCCAAGUCAUACCACCUGGCACUCCGGUUGCCGGCAGGAGACGCAAUAUAAACUUUUAUGCCCCCGGAUGCAUUUCUCUUGUUUGUAUGGUCGUGUGCCGCGGCGGGGGGAUGUCGAAAACAAUCCACACUAUCGAGUGCGAAGGGUCGGGUCGAUAUUUAACUUUCAAUUGCGCAGAUGCAACUUUCAUUCAGGGAAUUGUGCCAGGAGGUGGAGUUAAUUUCCUCGGAUGA